GGUCGGUCGGUCGGUCGCUGCGCCGCGGGCGAGGCGCCGCUGCUGCAUGUUGGCGAGAGAGCGGCGAGGUGGUGCGGGCAGAGCGCGGCCGCGCGACAUGUGAGGGUCUCUCGUCUGAGGGCCGGAUAUGCAGCAUGGGAUUGCUUACCAACCUUGCUCGAGGCCUGGUCCGAGGUGCAGACAGAAUGGCUGAAUUUACCAGCAAACGUGGACCUAGAAGCCAUAACAAAGGCAGAGGAGCCAGGAAAGUGGGUUAUGUCACCUUAGGUGGGAAAUUUAUCAAAAUUAAGGAAAUGGUCCCUGAAUUUGUGGUUCCGAAUUUGACAGGGUUUAAGCUCAAGCCGUAUGUUUCCUAUAAGACCCCUAAAGGGACAGAACCACCACUGACAGCCAAACAGCUUUUCAUGGAUGUUGUUGCCCCACAGAUUGAGACAGAUAUUAAAGGAGGAACUUUUGACCCCCAUAACCUUGAGAAAUAUGGAUAUGAACCUACUCAAGAAGGCAAGCUCUUCCAGUUGUUUCCCAAGAACUAUGUACGUUAAGAAGCAAAGAAUAUUAUAGCUUUCCCUGGAAAGUAUCUGCAGCAACACAGGAAACUUAAAAAAAUAUUUUUUAAAUCUGAUAAAAUGUUGACUAUGGAGAUUUCAGCUAUAGAAGGAAAUGCAUCCUGCCCUUUUUCAGUACCUAUUAAAGGAACAUCCUACUGACUUAGCUUGUGUAACUUUUAGAUAUCUCAGACUUUUUUAAAAGGUAACCAAAUUUGGAACUCACAAAUGGGUGAGAGCAGAAUAUUGAAUAUAACCAGCGAUUGCCUGGGCCUCCUCGCCUGUGGUCAAAAGCAGUCACCCCUCUGCUUCCAUUGUUAGAUGAGAUCGGGAUACAACCACUCAUCCUUAGGUAUAAGGCAACCACUAAGUACCUGGGGCAAUUCCCAUCUUCCUGCUUUUAGGUCACCAAAGAUCAAUCCUAUGUAAAAUGGAGUAUUGCACAAGAGCAAGGGGAAGCUUACGAAAAAAUGAUAGGAAUCCUUGGCCUAAGCUGUCUCAAAGAGUGGGGACUGUCCUGUUAAACCUAAACAUGUAACUAGUCUGAAGCUAUUCCCAGUUUUAAGGCAACUUUCUUUUGGAUGCAAUCAAUAUCCCUAGUAUUUAUGUACAACUGAGGCCUGCUCCUGUGUCAGGCAACUGAAUGUCAGAGCAUUGCACUUUUUAAAGCUUCUUGUGUAAGAAAAUCAAAUUAACUUUGUCAUUAUCUCACAACCACAACAGGCACUACUAGCAACUAUUCAUCUUCUCAACUUAUCUGAGCUAGCAGUAUGUCUAUCCUAAAAUUUUUUUAAAUUGAUUUAAUAUUAAAGUACUUUUUUGUUUUUCUCA